GCCCCCGCGCUCAGAGCCAUUCGAUGGAGGAUGAGGUAGCCAUGUUGUAGCGGUGAGACGAGCGACUUGGUGGAAAAGCACAAUCCGGACGAAUUUGGUGUAGAAUCAGUACUGCGGUUCGGAGGAGCCGUCAAUUCUGUUCCCUGUUCGGACUGCCGAUUUGUAGAAGACACCAUGAGCGGCGGGACGCCAUACCUCGGCAGCAAAAUCAGCCUGAUUUCGAAGGCCGAGAUUCGCUACGAAGGAAUCCUCUACACUAUUGACACCGAGAACUCGACUGUCGCACUUGCUAAAGUUCGUUCCUUCGGCACAGAGGAUCGGCCCACUGACAGGCCCAUCCCACCUCGGGACGACACCUUCGAGUACAUCAUCUUCAGAGGCAGCGACAUCAAGGACCUAACUGUGUGUGAACCGCCCAAACCAACAUGCUCUCUUCCUCAGGACCCCGCCAUUGUCCAGUCGUCCAUGAGCUCCAGCUCCUCAUCUUCUGCAGCAGCUGCUCCGACUCCGUUCCAGUCUGCUGGGUCCUACGGCCUCUUCAACCGAGCGCCAGUUCCUGCCUAUAACCAGUUCAGCGCCAGUCCGCUUGUUUCCCCUCAGUUUGGACCAGUUGGUGUUGGACGCAGCAGCCCCACUCUGGACCCGUUGCGGAAGAGCCCCACCCUGGAGCAGGUGAUGCAGACCGCCCCGGCGGUCCCGACCGCAGCCACCACAGCCCCGGCCCCCGGCCUGGGACGCAGGAGCCCCACCCACGGUCGCACAGUCCCCUCCAGCGGCGGUCCGAGCAGCCAGAAGGUCCAGCAGCAGGAGGGUCUGGACUCGAGGAGGGGUGAGACUGUGAGGGGAGGCCGCAGCAGCCAGGGCUGGUCUGCACCCCGAACCAUCACUGCUGUAGAUAGGGCUUCAUCUGCAGGGCUUACCCACUCUGUCUUUAGUCACGCAGGAACAGACGCCCCGAAAAUCCCAAAACCACAGAGCGAGCAGGCGCGAGCUGAAGGCAGGGAUCCCAGUAAACGUUCCACAGUGGCUGCUGGUGCACCGGCUAACCGGCGCGGGCGAGGAGGUGGACACCGUGGCAGAGGACGCUUCAACGUUCGCCGAGACGGACCCAUGAAGUUUGAGAAAGACUUUGACUUCGAGAGUGCCAACGCCCAGUUCAAUAAGGAGGAGAUCGACAGAGAGUUUCAGAGCAAGCUGAAGCUGAAAGAUGAGAAGACGGAGAAGGCUGAGAAAGCAGUGAACGGAGAAGAUAAGGGCGACUCUGGUGUGGAGACCCAGAACAGCGAGGGGAACGCCGACGAGGAGUGUGACCCACUCGGACCCAACUGCUACUACGACAAGUCCAAGUCUUUCUUCGACAACAUCUCCUGUGACGACACCAGGAAAGCAAAUGAAAAGUCUGGAGGCUCAGCUUUCCCAAGGGAGCGGAGGCAGACCUGGGCUGAGGAGAGGAGGAUGAACGCAGAGACGUUCGGCAUCCCUCUUCGUCAGGGCCGAGGACGCGGCGGUUACCGUGGACGUGGCGGGAUGGGCUUCCGUGGAGGUCGGGGUCGUUCAGCCAGCCGAGGGUCCUUUGGGCCUCCACAGGGAGGCGGCGGCUUCAGGGGAGGAUACAGAGGAAACCAGGCUGGACGGGAGUUUGCUGACUUAUCAGCGUACAGGAAGGACAACAAAGUGGCAGCGUAGUGUGGACGGCAGGAAGAGUCUUCACAAGGUGGAACUUCUUCACGCUUCAACGGAAAACAAAUAGUUUGAGUUUUGUUGACUAAAAUUAUGAAGAUUGUCUACUAGUUGUAUAUUUGUCACCAGCACUGGGGUAGACUGCUCGAAUACAACGAUGGAAACACCAACAGCGCAGUUUAUCAGGAAAAAAAAAUGUAAAAAGUCCAAAUCUCUUCAAAAGUAAUUUCCAGGUGGCUGAAGUAAUUCUGUACAAAUGUCAUAUUUCAGAGUAACUGUUCUGUUUUUCAAUGAAUGAUGUUCGGCCCUUUCCUAAACUUUCUCUGAUGAUCUUUUGUUAGCUGUCGCGGGUCGUCCACGCGAGUUGUUUGACUCACUGACAUAGCUUUAUUUUGGGGGGGGAGUCCAGUCUAUCCUGUAAUGUAACUUCAGCACCAAAACAGCCCACAGUCACCUUUCUAACAUGUAUUUUUCUACUCUAACAUAGACUGAUGCUGUUCUGUAGUCAGCCCUCACUGUUGUCUCUCCCUGUCUUCAGUCGCUGUGCUCGUGAUUCUCACCUGAAAUCACUUUUCAGCUUUCUGUUCUUUUCGUUAGUAAACAAUCGGCUCGGUUCCUCCACCAGGUGUCACGUAGUAACAGUAGAGCUGCUGCUAGACGUCCACACGUGGACCCGACUGGUUUCUGUGGUAGUUUUUACUCCCAGUCCACAAGCUAACUCAGUCUGGGACACAGAUGGAUCAUCGGUCAAAGUUCAGUUGCUUUCUUCUUUUCUCUCUCUUCAUCUAUUUUUCUGUGAAUUACUUUGUUGAGUCUCCGGUACGUAACAUUGCUGCAGAGUCAAUCCACACUGACGACGGCUAAAACAGCCUGAACACACUCGAAGCUUCUCAGAGACGUGUGGAAGAUUUAAUGUGUCUGAACCCGUAUUUAUUUAGUGUUGUGUCUUGAAUAACAAAGAAAAGUUUGGAUGAAUUUUCCUCAUUAAAUGUGAAUUCUGCACCUUACAGAGUCGUUCAAACACCAAGUCAUUCUGAUCUGUGGUCACAUCUGUAGAGAAGUUGCAUUGAUUGGACAAAAAAUUAAAAGUAAUAGAGUUUAAAAAAAAAAAAAGUUCUGAGUUCUGACCUUUUUUCCAAAAUGCUGAGAAGUGGGAAGUGGUCCGAACGGUCUCUGAGGUGAUCCGACAUCACAACUUCCAGACAGACUGAAAUCAAAUGAAGUCAGAAAGCGAAGACGUCUCGUGUCGGUCGGCACAGACUCUGAACUCCUGACAAUAACACAGAAACUACAACAUGGAAACAAACUAAAUGUGAUGAAGGGGAAUUAUUAUGCUUUCACCUUCAUUUUGGUGUGGUUUGAUUCACAACAAAGAUAAUUUGUUAAUUUGACACAAGUACAAAAUAAUUGUUAACAUGUUUUAACUUCAAUUCUGACAGUAUAAUUAUUGAAUCAUGUGUUUAGACACUUUAAAUCUUCUGUAGAGCUGUUUGUUCAUUACUCAGUGUGUUCGGUUGUUUUUUUGGGCUGCUUCAUGAGACACACUACUCUAUAAACACACACACACACACACACACACACACACACACACACAAAGGUAAUCUGACCCACCUGUUCACUUCACCUCCACACAGUCAACCUGAUACCACUAACAUUGUCCCGCGGUGCUGUGCAGCCCGCCGCAGCUACAGGAAGAAAAUAGAAAGUAAUGGACUGUAGAAAUGAGCUAGUCGUCUGUGUGUAGCCACGUAGUGUUCCGAACUGUAGAGGCUGUGACGGGUCGUUUUGGACAAGUCCUGGCCCGGCAUCAUUUAAGAACUCUGUCAGUGGUGUUCUGAUCAGACUGGAACUUGAGUUGCACUUGUGAAGUGGAUGAAGAAAUAAUGCCAUUUUCUUUUCAUCUGUCCUGAGGUGGUAACGGACGCUGUGGCGUUGUCAUGGUAACUGACCGAACCAGCUUAAAAUGAUGGAUUAUGAAUAUUGAGGGUCAAACUCAGGUCAUCAGAAAAGUUGGAAAUUCACUUUGAUUAUGUUGCAGCUAAUUUUCUUGUAGAUCUGGAUGUUGAGUGAAGAUCCGUUUGGACCCGGGUCUGGUUCUGUGGAGAUGUUUUAAUGAUUUGUUCCUUGGCUUUGACUCCAGAAUGAUCAAAUCCCCAAACUCUUGUGAAAGAUGUCGGGCUGACGUGCAAAACUUCCCCUGAGGUCCUGACCCGCUCAGGACUGGCAGAGAACACCAGGUUCUUCAUUCGCCUUAAUGCUCGAGAAGGAGUGCUGACGUCUCAUCGGAUCAGACCAAUGUGACGAGAAACAAAACAUUUGAACUGAAGCCCAACUGUAAAUGAUGAUCAACAGAACCGAACCGUUUUCCUGUUCUAGAAGCGGCUCUUCUGCAUUAAAGCAGCAAACCGAGUUGUUUAACCCAGCGGACAGUUUGAAGGAGCUUUGAGAAAACCUGAGUUGGACACAACAAGAAACCAUCAGCGCCGACAGACGUGAUCUCCAGAACACAGACGACCCAGUCAAUCAUUCUAUUGAUCAGUGAUGAUGUCAUCUCACUAACAGAUGGUCCUGCAGGAUUUACGCUGAGUUCAGUGGAUAGAAAAACGUUUCUAUAUUCAGUCACUGGAGGAAAGAUUUAAGUUAUUAAAGCGGUUUCAUCAACUUUAUAAAUCGUGAAGCUGAUGCAAACAAAACUUCACAUAAUUUAAAGUCUAAAUUCAUUUGAUUAUUAAUUGGAAAAUAAAAAUGUUUCAUUGCAACUCAGCAGUCAUGUGAUGGAUUUAUAAUGUCUGAUAUGGAUUGAUCAGUGUGUUGAUUGAUAAUGAUGGAUGAGUCUUCAUAUGUUAACAUCCAUGAGCCCAUAAAGAACUGAUCAUCAGCUGAACAAAGCUUUUCUUGUUGUGUUUGACCUGCUGUGGUUCUGUCUCAGGACACAGGUCUGGUUUUCUCAGCUCAGUUCUAAAGGGAACAUUUCUCGCUUUGGGGGUUCUCUACUUCAGCCUGCAGUAGUUUGGGCUGCGGGGGUUCUCAGUUCUUCAGCUGACAUCAGCAAGACUUUAACAUCGUUAAAGCUCCUGGCAGAGCCGGAGAACUAGCCGGGCUCGGACCGCCUCAUCAGCAGUUUGUGAUGAUGAAAUAGUUUGAUAAUUCAUGAUUGACAGUUGGAUGUUUGAUUGACAGCAGCCAUGUCUGCACACUAAAUAUGAAUCUACAGCUGCUUAGCUUAGCUUAGCAUAAAGACUGUAAAUGGGGGGAAAUGAUAGCCUGGCUCUAUUAAUCUCUACAGUAAAAAUAGUGGACUUUGUUCAGAGCCAGGCUAGUUGUUUCUGUCUUUAUGCUAAGCUAACGAGCUGCUGACUGUAGCUUCAUCUCUUGUGUACAGACAUGAGAAGGAUCAGAGUGAACAUGAACUCAGAGAAGCUGAACGUAUAAAGUCUCUUCAGAUGAAACAUGAUGUGACAUUAAUAUCAUGAUAAAUGUGUCUGCUUGUUGGGUUUAAGGCCCAUUUCUGGUUCCUCUGACGGGAGUUGAGAACCACCGACAUGUGGGAAGUGAUGGUUGUGGGUGGGUGGGGGCGUAUGGGCCUGGAUAUUUAAAGGAAGCCCUUCAGUUCUUUACGUCAGGGUUUGACCACAACACUACAUGAUGCUCGUGUUUGUCAGUCAGCAGAGGUAGAGACAGAUUGAUAAAGGUUGAUGAUGCAAUAACUGAAGCCAGUGUUGUUUGAGCAUCAGGAGGCGGGCGGCACCACCUCUGGCGGGCGGCACCACCUCUGGCGGGCAGCACCACCUCUGGUGGGCAGCACCACCUCUGGCGGGCGGCACCACCUCUGGCUUCCUUUAACACUCUCUGGAGUCACAGCCACAUGUUUGUCUUUGAACCCAGCAUGGCGUCCUCCUCCGUGGGCCUCAGUGGACUGGGCUUUUUAUUAAGAGCAAAUAAUAAACCGUUGUUCAUUAA